UGCAAGAGAAAAAUAUUGUAUGUGCUUGGAAUUUUUACUUUUGGUAUACAAUCCGUUCUGGAUGUGGCUUCCUGUGAUUGCUGCAUCUCAAAGGCCAAAAUGUCAGAAACUAAACAAGUUGGUUCGGAUGGGAUGGUUCUCUCAGAUGCUCCAAGACAAAAGUAUGGGCUUAUUUUGCCAAAGAAAACACAGCACUUGCACCCCGUUUUGCAAAAACCAUCAGUAUUUGGGAAUGAUUCUGAUGAUGAUGAGACCUCCGUGAGUGAAACCCUUCAGAGGGAAGCUGCUAAAAAGCAAGCAAUGAAACAGACCAAACUGGAAAUCCAGAAGGCCCUUGCAGAAGAUUCCACUGUAUAUGAAUAUGACAGUAUUUAUGAUGAAAUGCAGAAAAAAAAGGAAGAAAGUAAUCCCAAAUUGCUUUUGGGAAAAGACCGAAAGCCCAAGUAUAUUCACAACUUACUAAAAGCAGUUGAGAUCAGAAAAAAGGAACAAGAAAAAAGAAUGGAAAAGAAAAUACAGAGAGAACGAGAAAUGGAAAAGGGAGAGUUUGAUGAUAAAGAAGCAUUUGUGACAUCUGCUUAUAAGAAAAAACUGCAAGAGAGAGCUGAAGAGGAGGAAAGAGAAAAGAGGGCUGCUGCACUUGAAGCACGUUUGGAUGUAACCAAGCAGAAAGACCUCAGUGGAUUUUAUAGGCAUCUAUUAAAUCAAGCAGUUGGUGAAGAGGAAGUACCUACAUGCAGCUUUCGUGAAGCUAGGUCUGGGAUAAAGGAAGAGAAGUCAAGGGGUUAUUCUGAUGAAGUAAGUUCAGAGAACAGAAUACCACUUGAAAAAUGCAUUCUCCAAACUGUUGUGAAAGUAGAGGAAAACCCAGAUGCAGAUAGUGACUUCGAUAAUGACAGCGAGGACAAUGAAAUGGAAAGAAGUAAUAAAGUGAAGUGCAGAAGGGAAAAGAACAUAGAGACCUCUGAGAAUGACUCCAGGCAUCACAAGAAUCACACUCAUUCACGGUCAUCUAGCGAAGAAAGAGAACAUGAUACCAAAAGCCACACAAAAAGUUCCAAGUCAAGGGGACAUGAGAAAAGGGAAGAUAAGCACCAAGAGAGACAAUCCAGGGACCAAGAGAACUACUACACUGACCGUGAUUACCGAAAAGAAAAGAAAGAUUCCCAUAGGCACAGAGAGGCGGGUCAUAGAGAUGCCCAUUGGAAGAGACAUGAACAAGAAGAUAAACUGAGGGGAAGAGACCAAAGAGAAAGAAAUGACAGAGAAUGGAAAAGGGAGAAAGACAGAGAGAGAUAUCCCACAAGAGAACAAGAAAGAGAUAGGCAACGAAAUGAUCAUGACCAACACAGUGAGAAAGGAGGAGAGAAGGAAGAGAAAAGCAAAGAAAAGGAAGAACAUAUGAAAGCAAGGAAAGAAAGAUAUGAAAACAGAGAUAGAGAAAAACGAGAAGCAGGUGUUCACUCUUCAGAAAGGAAGCGAGACAGAAAGGAAAGCAGCCCGAAAUCUAGAGCAAAAGAUAAGUUUCCUGACCAGGAAAGAUCCAAUAAAAUGAGAAACAUGGAAAAGGACAAAGAGACAAACUCAGAGAAACUCUCUAGUUGUGAAACAUCAGUGGGAACAAAACACAGAGUCACAGAGGAAUGCCAAGAUACUGGCAAAGAACAAGAGAGACUGCAUGAGACACUGAGCAAGUUUGCAAAACGGAGCAAUGAAGAAACUGUAAUGUCAGCUAGAGACAGGUACUUGGCCAGGCAGAUGGCACGGGUUAAUGCAAAGACAUACAUUGAGAAAGAAGAAGAUUGACUUCCUGGAACAUGCUGUGUGGACACAUAAAGGAGUGUGUUAGAAGUGGUAAACUAUAUUUUCAAGGUUCAUUUUUGGUUUAGGGUUAAGUCAAAAGUCACUCCUUUUAUUUCAGAUAUUUGACUAAACUGAUAUAUAAUACUAAUCAGUAUCACAUUCUUGGUUGUAUUCAAGCAACCUAAAGAGUCCUAAAUCCUAGGAGGUACUUUAUGAGGAAAAUUAGCUCCACUAUAACCAUUAAAAAAUAAUUUAAAUAACUUUCCUAAUGGUAGUUUUGUUGCAGGACCUAUUUGUUUUAUAAAUACUGUUUCAGAUAAAAGUAAGUGGAUUUGAAUGUACAGAAUAUCAUUAUACUUUAUGUUUUGAAAUUUGUAUUAGUAUGAAAUAUGGAUAGAUAUACAUGUUGUCUAACUUUAGCUCAGGCAUACUUGGCUUAAAUGAAAAUAAAAAUAGUGAUAUGUUUGAACUUUUAGUUCAUGGUCU